CGACACCUCAUCACUCCGAGCGAUGGGCUUGUGACACCGCGACACACAUAGCGAUAGGAAGCCAAGAGAAGAGCGAGACGAGGAUGGCCGCGCUCUACGAAGACAUCAGCGGGUCGCGGUACCUCCGGUCGUCCAUCAGCUCGCUGUCGGCGUCGCGGCAGCAGUCGUCGCAGAUCGCCAAAGCGUACCGCCAGGCCGCGCAGCUGUUCCUCACGCGACGCCUGCCCGAGGCCCUGUCGACCAUCGAGCCCAUCAUCACCGCCCCGCCGCACGACAGCCUCCACGACAGCCUCCCCGACAGCCUCCCCGACAGCAACGGCGACCUGCAGGCGGCCUAUGCGCCUGUCGCGACCGCCUCGCGGGGCACGCGGGUCAAGGUGUGGAGCUUCUACCUGACCUUCCUCAACAGCGUCGUCGAGCUCGGCGCCGAGGAGGGCAAGCACGCGUUUGGCAGCGCGCGCUGGAAGCAACUGGUCUCCAAGUGCCGCGACGGCAGCGUCUGGGACGAGGUCGUGCGCGACGGGUAUGCCGGCGUCGAGGGCGACGUCGACGCCGACGUCGUCGUCAACUUAUCCACCCUCCUCCUCACGCACUCCCCCUCGCAGCACCUCAACCAGUCCAAGCUCGAAAGCUACCUCUCGGCCACAGCCCACCCCACCUUCGACUUCAGCUCCCACCUCUCGUCCCCCUCGCGCGUGCAGCGCCGCAAAUCCCACCCCGGCACCGACACCCCGCGGGACCUGAACACGCGCAUCAAGCUGCUCGAGCUGUACACCCUGCACGUCCUGCCGCGCAACGACGAGUGGGACUGCGCCCGCGAGUUCGUCAGCAUGUCCGAAGUCCUCGACGACGAGCGCAAGGAAGCUUUCCUGCUCGCCCUGCACUCGCUGAGGGAGGAGAAAGAGGACGCCGAGAAGCGCGAGGAGAAGCUGAGGCAGCAGCAGCACGAGCAGCUCGAGGAGCGGCGGAGGGAGAGGGAGAGGGAGAGCGAGGCGAGGAGGCUGGACCAGGCGCGCCAGGAGGAUGAGCGGAGGAGGACGGAGGAGGAGAGCAGGCGGCAGCCAAGAGGAGAGGCUGAGCGCAACAGAGUGGAUGAGAGGCUGAGGCAGCCGAAGCCGACGCCCACGAGUAGCCAGUCGAGUGGCACGCGCAGGACGCCGGCGAAGAAACCGGGCACGCCGCCGCCGCCGCCGCCAGGCCUGUACAAUCGUGUGGGAGGCUUGUUUGCUGCCAUACAAAAGGCUGUAGCGGGCUCGGCAAAGCAGAUGACGAGUAAUCCUCUGUCGUUCCUGAGGACGUUGCUGUUCCUAAUAGCCUUUGGGCUGGCAUUUGGGAAGCGAGAUCUGAGGGAGCGCAUCAUGAGGCUGGCCCGGCAAGCAGUCGAUAAGGUUAGGCGCACGGUCGGAAUGGGUGUCAAGGUGUCUUAUAUCUGAGGCGUGUGGUAAUGCAGAGUGGGGAGACGGGUGGUUAUGGGUUGUAGCCUUAGGUUGUAUUGAUACACCAUGUUUACUGACACUGGCUGCGCUUGCCGCCAUGAUGCUGCUCCGUUUUCCUCUCGUUCAUGCGUCGUUCCUACUGCGCUGCU